CUGGCAAUCUCGCAACAACAAAGGCUCCAUUUUGCUCCGAUUUGACUUGGUUGAUUGAUCCGAUCACACCCCGCCAACGCGACUGGCCCGCCAUUCGUCUAUCGACUAUCCUUAUUACUCGAGGGUGUGUGUAAGUGACGGGCUUUACGCCGUCAACCACAACACAACAAGUGCAGGUGCGGUGCGAGCGCAUGAACCGGUCCGCAACAGCCUCUCCAAGCCUGAUUCGCCCCAUCUCACCUUUGAAGCGAAAGUCGAACAAAGAAUGCCCCCUCAUUCCAGUUAGUCUGGGCGUGCAACCGAGCAGCAGUAUACCUACCAUACCGAAAACAACAUAACACAAACUCGGCCUGUUGUUUCUGCCCGAUACAUAGUCGGGACGCUGCAUCCGGCGUCCUCGGCGCUGUAGUCUUUGACUGCCUCCCAUGCUUGCCAUCGGACCCCUUAUAAGCUCAUUGUCACUUCUAUCAGAGAAGGGAGCAGGUUUUCGUUUCAAUCCAGCUCUCACUUCAUCAUCGCCAUGAAUCUAGCACAUAAGGAUAGGUAACCGACUAGCAACUAUACACGCAUAAUCAACCAGGAUGGUGCCGCCACCCUCCGCCUCCGUAUCCUCGGCAUCCUAUACUUUCACCACAUCAACGGCGGGUGGCAGAAUGAACGCCGAUGCACCCCUUAACGGCCGCCCCGGCAAGCCACCGCUACCGCACAUCGAUGACCUCCUCAACCCACCUGUCAAUAUCGAUGCCUUCGCCCCCAUCGAGACCGUUAUAGCACAGGGCGAAAAUCACCUCAGAAGUGCUGAGUCUCUCAAGGGCUUUGGCCGUCCCCAUAUGGCCCUGAAAGAGUACGUUUCAGCUACCGUAGUAGCUGUCGAGGCCGUUCCAAGGAACAAGGGUUUCGGGUCUCUUUCGGAUAGGAAGCAGCUGGCUGCACGUCAUACGGCUUUGAUGCGCAAGAUCCAGGCCUUGCAUCCUGAUUUCGAGAAGGUCAAAGCAGCUGUCAAGCUGGACAACCAAAAAAGCGGCGUGCGGCCUCAACGUGCCAGCUCGUCAUCAACGCAGGCCAAUGGCCAUGCGCAGCCAGGGCUACAAUCGAAUGGGAGUGCGGUAAAGCCGGUAGCAUCACAGCAGCCUUUGUCCGGCAACGGAGCUGUGCCUAGUCCCGGAUACAGCCAAGAUGCCGCUCAGCAUGCAGCAAACGGGAUUCCCACCAGGAGGCCAGCGCCGCAUCCGAAGCCCCAAGCCUUGCAUGGAAACUCUGUACUGACUGGGCCAAACGGCGCCGGUCCUUCCAGUCCUCCAGUACAAGAUCUUGCUGAACGUUUUGCGAAUUUGCGAGGUGGGAAAAAUGGAGCUGGCGUCCCAUCACCACGACCGUUGGGAUCAGCAGGGUCACGGCCUACACCAGGCCAAGUCGCUGGAAUAUCAGUACUCAGCGACAUCCCCGCCGAUUUCCCCAAGGUACCCGAGGCCAUUUACAGCCCAGCGAGGGGCACCGUUUCCAAUGAGUCCGCGAACCUGCCCUCAAGCAAUUCGAGGGGAAUGUUCAGCCGGGCAGCUUCUUCCACGUCGAUGGCUUCGCAGGGCAAGCAACCUCUGGGCAGAGAGGAUUAUUCGGCCCCUGCAAAUAAUGAACAAGCAAAGCCACCCCCAGCCCGUCCUCAGCCCCGAAUUCCAGAUGGAGAUACUGUAACGCCAGAACAGUUAUUUGAGUUCAUGCGAUGCUCAUCCGUCAACUUUAAGGUUCUGAUAAUUGAUGUGAGAACCAGGGAGGAAUUCAACGAAGGCCACAUAAUGUCAACGUCAAUCAUUUGUGUGGAGCCUGAUGUGCUACAGCGUGAACAUAUUUCUGCAGAUGAUAUCGCGCAGAGCCUGAUUCUCGCACCUCCCCGCGAGGAAGAAAUCUUCAGCCGACGGAGUGAAUACGACCUCGUCGUCUUCUACAACCAAGAUUCCCAGGAGAUCAACUGGCGGGGCGGAACACCAGCAGAGAAUGCUUUGUUCGGCCUGUACAAUGCUCUCAGGCACUUUGAUUACGAUCUGACAGGGGACAGCAAGCCAGCGAAGCUCCUCAAGGGCGGGCUCGAUGCCUGGGUUGAACUUGUCGGCGAAAAUGCUCUAGAAAGGUCUGAAACCUCUGGUGCAAUCCACAAGAUCCAACACGCCAAGUCGCGGUUUUCUCUGUCGCGUGGUCAGGGCAGACCAAAAGCAAAGCCCAUCCAGAAUGCCGAAGAUGCUAGACGUUGGAAUGAAAAGCUCACUACUGAGGGGCAGAGUAUUGUUCGUACACAAGAGGAAUUCCUGAGGAGAUUCCCUGCAGUCAGCGAUGUGCAAGAGUCAAUGACUGCGCCGGUCACGCAAGCUACGAGGGGUUUCCCUGCCUCAGCAGAUAUCAACAACACAAUGCUUGCACCGCCAGCUCGUCCGGCCCGGACCCGGACCCGACAGAACUACACCGGCCUGAUGGAAACUGGCGAGGAGGAACUAUACACACCAGUCGCUACGGAAUCCAGGGCUCUUUCGCGAAGAGAGCGACGCCCAGUCGGCCUCUCGAAUCCCGGUGUCUGGUGCUACUCCAAUGCAUCAAUACAGGCCCUUUUUCACUCGAGUGGCUUCGUCGACGAGUUGAUCGGCGAGGAGUGGCAAAGUCGAUGGAAAGUACCGAUGCGCGAUGGAGAGAAAUUGGAGAACCACCAAUUCCUGUCCAAAAUCUUGUCCAAUCUGUUCCACUGGAUGUUAAAUGGCCAAUUCGAAUCGAUGGAGUGUAGAACUUUGAUGGAAUAUUGCAACUUCAUCGACCGCAACACAGCGACUUUUGACAACGGAGAGAAUCUGACAAAGGGGGAGCGGGAAGCUUUUGGCAGCAGACACAAGCAGCAGGACGCUGAGGAGUUCAUUAGCUUCUUGAUGGACCACCUCCACGACGAGACAAAUCGUCUGCGGAACAAGAAUUUUGAUCCAUCCAGCUUGGUAUUUGGUAAAGAAAAUCACCAGAAUGCCUUGACCUUCUGGAACGGGUGGUGCUCGGCCAACGACUCGGUUAUCGACCGUUACUGGCGUGGUCUGUCGCAAAACGUGGUCCGCUGCAGAACCUGUAACCACACCAACUACAGCCAUGAGGCCUUCAACAAGAUCCAAGUUCCAGUCCCGGAAGCAAGGGGGCCGUGCAAGUUGGUAGACUUAUUGCCAGGCGGGUUCUCUUACAACGAGCUCCUGGACGGCUACAAGUGCGACGGGUGUAGCAGGAUGAACACUACCAGCUCAACGGUGCGACUGGCCCGGCUACCCAAGCUCCUGUGUAUCUCUCUUAGCCGGUUCAGUGUCGACAGGGGAGAUACCAGAAAAAACAACACCAAGGUCGUUUUCCCCCUUGACGAUUUGAAUCUUGCGGCUGUAUCAGAUCCAACGCCCAGUGGGGAGGGAAUAGGCGAAGAGUGGACUGGCCCUUUCCGCUACUAUUGCUAUGCGGCCGUUCUUCAUGGGGGGACUUUGCGAUCUGGCCACUAUACAGCAUUUGUGAGAGACCAGAACCCGUCCAGGAACGGCGGCGUUUGGUACCACUGUAACGAUUCGAUCAUUUCAACCAAGACCAUCAGAAACGAGGAGGAUGCUGACGCAGCAGGCAUGUAUGCUGCGGACUCGGAAUCUUCAGCCUACAUUCUGUUCUACAGUCGUCAGCCCGUGGCGAAGUAAAAAUAAAAGAACAAAAACUUGACCACUGCUGUGAGGACAGUGCAUAUAUGAAGCAUGAUUGAAUUGACCUGGGGUCAUUUGCAGGGGCGGCAGAAGUCAUUUUCACUUCUUUAUUUUUUGUCUCUUUUUCUAUUCUUUUUAUUCAUCAUUGCCUUUUACUUUUUCUCGCCUUCAUUUUGUUUGCUCUUUUUGUGACCUUAGCUAUCAAUACCUGUGGUUGACUUCGGUGGCGUUUUGUUUUAUGUUUAUAUUUUUGGAUCGUGGGCAUAUUAGCAAGGUGCAACGGAGAUUUGUGGUUCACGCAUUCCACUUCUUUAUUUGCGUUUUUUUUUCUUUUCGAGAAGGCGAGCUUCUAUGAGAAAUGAUCUUGGAGACGAUUAUGCUUUUAUGGGCUGCCCUGUGACAAGUGUGAGGAAAAAACAAAAAACGUUCCCAAUACUAAUUACAAUGUGUGUCUUGCCCAUUCCACACAUGUAUCAAUAUAUACAGCAGGCUACACAAAGAUUGUUACUCCUUACAAGUAGGGCACCCUCUAAUCGAAUAAUAUACUUGGUCAAUGCUUCUAUGAUGAGA